AUGUCAAAGACAGAUGGUCCUAAACAUGAUCCCAGUACAGAAAAAGCUGGCGAAGAACAACAGGGACGUCCUUACAACCGUUCAUAUUCGGUAGGAGUGGCCGAAAAUCAAAACUCAAAGUUCCGUAAGACCAUGGAAGAUGUUCACACGUACGUGGAGAACUUUGGGUCGAGGCUAGACUGGGGUUAUUUUGGAGUUUUCGAUGGACAUGCUGGUUCCCAGGCUUCGAAGUGGUGCGGAGCACAUUUACAUUCGGUACUAGAAAAGGAUAUAAUGGACGAUGAGAGUAGAGAUGUCAGAGAGGUGCUCAACGACGCAUUUUCUUACGCUGAUGAGCGCAUAAAUUCGGAUUUGGGAGGUAACAGUGGAUGCACAGCAGCUGUUGGCGUGUUGCGUUGGGAAGUGCCUGAAAAUCUGCCUAACGAGAAAAUAGAGUUGGACCAGCAUAAGCGAAUGCUUUACACGGCCAACGUAGGAGAUACGAGAAUUGUUCUGUGUCGUAACGGCCAUAGUGUGAGAUUGACCUACGACCACAAAGCGUCCGACAUACUGGAGAUGCAAAGAGUUGAAGCAGCAGGAGGUCUUGUCAUGAGAAGUCGUGUUAACGGAAUGCUAGCAGUCACACGCUCCCUGGGUGACAAGUUUUUUGAUAGUCUGGUCGUGGGCAACCCGUUCACCACGAGCGUGGAAAUAACAACAACAGAUCAGUUCCUCAUCAUAGCAUGCGAUGGAUUGUGGGACGUGCUUGAGGAUCAGGAGGCCUGCGACGUUAUCAAGGGUAUUGAUGACGCCAACGAGGCUGCCAAGGUUUUGGUUCGGACGGCGUUAAAACAGGGUACAACUGAUAAUGUUACAGUUAUGGUAGUGAUGUUUGACAACAAUUCUUAA